UUCAGAAGCUUGUGCCUGUACACAACUGAAGAAACCUUCCGCAGUAAUUAAUGAAAAAGCGACCAAAUGAAUAAUUAGCAAAUGCGUUUUGAACAUAUAAAUAUAAAAUACAUGCAUUUCAGAAAAUAAAGCAGCUAGCGUUAGUUUGUGAACGGAACGGUAUUGUAUUGAUGUGGAAUCGGACCAGUUGUUAAAUACAACAAGGAUUUCAGUGUCGGGAUGAGCUUCUUCAGUUUCGGACAGAGUGCUGAAAUUGACAUAGUUCUGAAUGAUGCCGAGACGAGAAAAAAGGUGGAGCACAAAACAGAGGAUGGAAAAAAGGACAAAUAUUUUCUGUUCUACGACGGGGAGACAGUCUCUGGGAAAGUCAACGUAACCCUGAAAAAUCCAGGGAAAAGGCUGGAACAUCAAGGCAUCAAAAUUGAAUUUAUCGGCCAAAUCGAGUUGUAUUAUGACAGAGGGAACCACCAUGAGUUUGUGUCUCUGGUGAAGGAUUUAGCUCGACCUGGAGAAAUGGCCCAAUCCCAGACCUUUGAUUUCGAGUUUACGCAUGUGGAGAAACCAUAUGAAUCCUACACGGGCCAAAAUGUAAAACUUCGUUAUUUCCUGCGGGCCACAAUCAGCAGGAGACUAAAUGACGUCAGCAAAGAGAUGGACAUUGUGGUGCACACGCUCAGUACGUAUCCAGAACUCAACUCCUCCAUAAAGAUGGAGGUGGGAAUCGAGGACUGUCUGCACAUUGAGUUUGAGUACAACAAGUCCAAGUAUCACCUAAAAGAUGUCAUCGUUGGGAAGAUCUAUUUCCUGUUGGUGCGAAUCAAGAUCAAACAUAUGGAAAUCGACAUAAUUAAACGUGAAACAACAGGAACGGGGCCAAAUGUGUACCAUGAAAACGACACCAUUGCAAAAUACGAGAUUAUGGAUGGAGCACCUGUCCGAGGCGAAUCCAUCCCAAUCCGUCUUUUCUUGGCUGGGUAUGAGAUGACUCCUACCAUGAGAGACAUUAAUAAAAAGUUCUCUGUACGUUAUUACCUGAACCUCGUGCUCAUCGACGAAGAAGAGAGACGCUACUUCAAGCAACAGGAGAUCACGCUGUGGAGGAAGGGAGAUAUUGUAAGAAAGAGCAUGUCCCACCAUGCAGCCAUUGCCUCUCAACGCUUUGAAGGUUCCGCAAGUGCAGAGAAAGCUCUCGCUCAGGCUAAAGAGGACAGCAACUAAACUCAACCACGUGAACCCAUCAUCUCGUGUGUGUGUGUAUGUGCAUGUGUGUAUGGAUUUUAAGAAGGCCUGAGCUCCCAACGCAGUUGAGGAGUGUAAACGUAAGAUUUUACAUUCCUAAACAAAUAUAGUUUAUUCUUAUUGUAAGUACAGUAGCUUUUAAAAGGGAUGGAUAAGAAAAGCAAAAACGCUUGAUUUAAAAAAACACGCUUCAAUAUUUACAAAUUUGUCCUCGCGGCCAGAAAUAUCUUGCUCCGUGUAUGUUAUAGAAAUUCAAAUAAGUUUUUAAUAUAUCAACAGUCCAUCUGGUAAACACAAACACAUUCCAUUCUCUAUAUUCCACUUGCAGUCUUUUAUAAAUCAUGCGUUUAAUAUUCAUAUUGUUUUUCUUGCAUUACAUAUACAUUUAUACAGUGUUCAGUUUCUGUUUCCGAAAUAGCGUUGAACAAAUUCAUAUUUUUGUAGUGAUUUCAAACUGUUGGAAAGAUUUUUUAUACAGUAUGUGUACCAGUCCAUGCCUUUUUACUUCUGUUGCCAUUCCUGAAGACAGAUUAUGGAAUUCAGAGUCUUAACUAAUGUGAAACAUGUCUUAGGUGGUUACCCCAAACCCCAUAUCAUCCCAAAUUUACUUACACAUUUCUAUUUAGACUAAAUUGUGUUUAGGCAAACAAACCAAAUGAUUGACACUGAGUAGCUGAACUGAAAGGCAACUGAAUUUUUGUUUAAACAGAACGUGUCUUGAAGUGAUAGUCUUAGCUCCUACACUUUCAAGUGUAAAGAAGAUUUCAAUUAAAUUCAGUAUUAUGUGGGAGUUUGGAAACAACAAUAUUGGACCAAGUUGAUUCCAAUUGAUAGACACGUUUAUAUUUUUGGCAUUUUGUUUUGUUAUGACCAACAUCAGAAAUCUUUUUUAUGUUGUAGCGCUAUUUAACAACCUGUCAAACUGCACUUGCGGUGCAGCUUGAUGAAUUCUGACAGAGCGUGCGGUCUUGAAUGUUUGAAAAACAGAGGUAGCAUAUAAAACGAUUUACUGGAAGUGAUGGAAUUUGGCACUUUAUGCCCAUUUUCAGAGAGCUGCAGCCUUUCAAAUGAAUGCUUUGUUAGUUACUCUCCAGUCGUAAUUAUUGCUUUUUGUCGUGUUUGGACAGUGGGGGUGUUUAUCCAUCCAAAAACAUCCAGGAUGAAUCAUCCUAUGAUGACCUGCUUUCUCUGGAGCUGUAAUUUCAACAGAUUGCUCUUUUGCUAGUACUUACAUUUACUUAAGUGGAAAAAUAUCCUUGUGUCAGGGAACAGAUAUAAACUAAACCACAGUAAAUCUAGCGUGUGCUUGCACACCAGUGUCCGAAUACUGGUUCUAAAUUGCUGUAAUGUUUGUGUAACUGUUCUGUCUACCUUCAGGAGCGACUGUGCAUAUGUUUGCAGCUGUGUUUGGCCGAUAGAGUAACUCUUGCUUCUGAUGUCAGGACGCAAGACCUAACAGCUGAGGCCUAUAUAGAACAUGUAUAAAACUUCCACAUGUAACUGU